CUUAUGCAAAAUGAGAUGGCCAGAUCAUCUUGGGAGACCCCCGGAUGACUAUAGUCUCAGAAACACUUCAGAAUUCAUUGAGAGAUUUACUUAUGACUUAGAAAAUCUUUAAAGCAUCCCAAAACAAUUCCCUUUAUGCUCUCCCCCUCCUGUCUAAUUGGUGAAACCAAAAUACUUUAAAAUAUGUAAUUUUAAAACCAGAAAAAUGAAAACACAAAAACCAGGACGAGGACCAGAACCAGAGAUGCCUUAAUUUUUGCAAUAUAUAUAUAUAUAUAUAUAUAAACCUAUAUGUACAAGCAACCCUUGGCCGUUGUGUUCUUGCUGGGUGCGCUGUAAACCCUGCAAAGUCGUCUGCUUAGAUCUCAUGGCGCCGAAGAAGGACAAGGCUCCUCCUCCGUCAUCGAAGCCCGCCAAAUCAGGUGGUGGAAAGCAGAAAAAGAAGAAAUGGAGCAAAGGCAAGCAAAAGGAGAAGGUGAACAACAUGGUCCUCCUUGACAAGGCAACUUAUGAUAAGCUUCUUUCUGAAGUUCCAAAAUACAAGCUUGUCACUCCAUCAAUCUUAUCUGAUAGGUUGAGGAUCAAUGGAUCGCUAGCUCGCAGGGCAAUCAAGGAUUUGAUGGCAAGAGGUUCCAUUAGAAUGGUGUCUGCUCAUGCCAGCCAGCAGAUCUACACUAGGGCAACAAAUACUCAAUAGACAGAAGUUUCUUGUUUUCCCUAGCUAUGGAAAGAAACCUAAAAAAAAUAGUAUCUUCUCAUUAACAUUUUGAAUCUCGUGGCGAUGCCUACAUUUUUGCCUUGUGAGACUGAUUGAUAUACUUCCUUUUAUGAACCUCUAAUUAUUUUC